AAGUGGUUAUUUAUUAUACAUCAAUUCAAUUAAGUCAAAGGAAGCAAUAACUCAAUCAAUAAAUUUAAAAUGAAGGCAUGUAUGGUAUGUAUGUUUGUAUGAUUUUGAAAACAAAAUUACUCAGUAAUUUAUCCGUAUGCUGAUAAAAAUCAAGGAGAUCAUAUCUUUUUACUAAGCGUAUAAGAUUCUUCGUGUCAGAUAAAAAAAAGCAGUUGUAUUUUGUACCAAUACUUUAAUAAAUCCAAUUAAUUUAAUUAUGAUUCCAUAUAUAACUUGUCAUCUUUUUAAACGGAAAAUAAAAUGCGUGUGUUGCCAAUAUUGUUACUGUUAACUUCCAAUUUUAAUCACAUACGGGGAAAAACAAAUCUGUUGUUUGCAAAUGUUACUGGUACUGGAGAAAAUGCCAAAGUUCAAGCAACGUGUGUCAGUGAUGAUUACAACGAUGCAAUUGCAUGGAUCACAGCACCUUUCACUGAGUUGAUUGAACCUAUUUCAGCAAAUGAGACCUUGCGGUAUAUCAAUUUUAAUUGGGGAAAAUAUGGGUGGAAUGAAGAAGUAGCCUACAACGCAACGUUUGGUCCAGUAAUGGAUUAUACUUGGGAAAUGUUACCAAUUAUUAUAACCCGAUCGGCGCAACUGACACAAAAUUAUAAAUUUGAAAAAUUAGAAGAAAUUAAAAUCAGAAAUCAUUUCGAGCUCAAUUUUUCGUUUUUGGGAAAAUCAAGUGCACAAAUUUAUUUGUGUUCACAUCCAAUGAUAAAAAGAGGUACAUGUUUUAUUUUUAUUGUCGGUGGGUGGAAUGGUCAGGGCAGUGUUAUAAGACGGUGUAGAAAAGGAGCGUCACCAACAAAAUCGGAAGAUAGAUUAAGAGGAUGCGAAAAUAUCGUCAAUAAGAUUGAACAUAAAGCAUUAUUCUCAAUUGACGAAUGGAAUCAAAUUUCUAUUCGAUAUAUAAAUCAACAAUUAGAAGUAAUAACCAACGACAAAAAUUUAUUAUCAUAUCACGCGAAAUAUGAUGGAGAAUUUAACAAUUUUACAAACUUAUUCAUACAUUCAAAUACCGAAAAUGCUCUGUGGAAAUAUCAUAACUGUAUGAAAACAAAUUUUAAUGUGUACUUAGAUAUUUUAUUCAAUUGUUGUAUUAUUAUUUUAGAUACAUAUUAUGAAACUCGUAAACCCUACAUUAAUUUUAUUAAUAGUAAUUGGUUUUAUAUGGCUUCUAAUUACUUAUGUAUUUCGUUUUUUGCCAAUUCUGCGAAAGGUAUUACAUUACAACUGUAUGAUGUUUCGCUAGAGCUUAUUAAAACCAAAUACUAUACGAGUGAUCAAAACACACAAUGGAAUUAUAAAACAUUUUAUUCUGACGUAUAUGAAGAUGCUGAAUAUUAUUUACGCAUUUCCUUUAGUCCUAAUGAUAAGAUAGCAAUUCGAAACAUUGUCAGGCAUUUAGACUGCAAGGGAAGUGAAACAAACAAAUUUCAUUUCUCAUCAUUAGAGUACGAUUUCGAUUCAGCAAAUAAUAUUAAGUGUUCUUCUCUUCGACACAAAAUAACACAAAUUAAAAUUUCAUUGCCAAAUGAGAGUACUGGUGUUUUAUCGAGUGAUAAUCAGAAUCAUUGUAAUAUAUGUACUGAUUUCUACAACACUACAGAAUGUCCACACAGAAUAACGUGUAAUGAAGAAUCAUGUCAUUGUCCAGUCGGAUACACCGGAAAAUAUUGUAACACAAGUAACAAGAACAAUUAAGAAUUAAGAACACAUUCGCAAACAUUACGGUUUAUAUAUUCUUUCAGUAUGCGACAGAGGAAAGUAUGGUUGCAAUUGUGCAUCUGAAUGUGCAAAUUGUAAUUCAAACUUUUGCAAUAAUAUAAAUGGUGAAUGCUU